UUGGGGAGCAGUCACAACAGAAACCCAGGUUUCCGUAAUGAAGUUCUGCGCUACAUUAGCAUUGUUCCAUGGUGCAAAAAGAAAGAAGGGUAUGAAAGAGUGAAAGAAAGGGGGCGCUGAUUGGAAACCUUCCAUUUCAUAGUAAACUGCAUGUAGACAAUCAGCAGUCUAGACUGCAGUAUAGAUUGCAUGCAGAGCUAUUGGCAGGGAGACAUUUUCACAAGUGGUUGCAUUGUUGGUCUUCGCAAAGCUAUUGCAGUAGCAGGGCACGGACAUACCUAAAUAAGACUGCUGCUGGUUCUCCAUUCUAUCGAUAUCAUUAUUUUCAGCAGACUAAAUAAUGUGCCUGCUAAUAAUAAUGACACUUAUUGAGUGAGCGAAAAAUCAUGUCAGAUGAGCUGUGGCUUGUCAGUCUUCCUUGCAAUGAUAUUCACCCCGCCGCAGAACCGGGCGCAUUAACGUAUAUUGUCUUGGAAACUCCACCAAAUUUCCUGUGAGGACUCGUAGCUCCCUAAAAAAAGAAGUUGUAUAUUCCUGAGGCUUAUUAAAUCAAAAACUUGCAUAUCACGCGCAUGUAAGCUGAGACCUUCCCACGCUUGGAUCAGGUCCCUUUGUAGUCUUCUCUGCUCAAGAUUGAAGAGUUUCAGUUCUUUCAGCCGGUCAGUGUAGGACUUUCCCUGAAGCACCAAAUGCAUCUGGACUGAAUCGUGAUUAGCAGUGUCUUUUCUUUAACGUGGUGACCAAAAUUGUACAAGCGAUUAUAAAGGAGGCCUUACUAGUGCCUUAUGCAAUUUUUACCUAACAUUCCUAGAUUUAAAUUCUCCGUUAACUAUAUAGCUGAAGUAUUUGUUUGCCUUUUUAAAAUGUAAUAUGUAAAGAUGUAAAUACUGUAUGUCCACAUUUGCGUUUUUCAGGAGAGAAGCAGAAAAAUGCGAAUUGUCUCCCAAAUGUGGAUUUUUCUCUUUAAAGCUCGCAUAAACUUGAAUGUUUAAUUACUAGUCGAAGCCAAAUUCGGAGUCCUUCUCUUCUGAUUAUGCCGCCUUUUUAAAUGUUUCAGCAGCCAGAGUAAAACGGUAUAGCUUUUAAAUCUUGUGUAAUGCUAGCUCUUUCUGUGCUUUAUACAGUUUUAAGGAUUCCUGUUUAAAAAACGGGAUCUGUAGGACAUUCCUUUCUUUCCAUCUCGGUCCCUGUUUUUGGAUUCCGACUAGUCCAGCAGUUUUGUCGUGGUGGCCCAGAGCUCUGCAGUGAAGCGAAACGCGCUUGAAGUCCCUCAGGUAACAUAUGGCGUGGAUCUGGCUCCUAAUCCAGGCUUACACUUCAGCGUCUGUCCCAGUACUCCCGAAGAUGGGCUACAGACCGUCAGCCAUGUCAUGUAAUUUGGAUUAAUGGCCGCAAAGACGGGGAGAAAUGCCAGGCCGUGCGUUUACCUCUCCACUUUGAUUGAAUUACUUGCUCGGACCCUUUCUCCAGCUCAGACCGCGCACUCCCUGUUAACGAUGUGCUGGUUCUGGCCCGAAGAAAUGGAGGCGAAACCCUUCUUUUUGCACUUCACUUUUUUGUCUGUGAAACUUUCCUUAAAAAAUAAGCUGGUGUGUCUGAUCGAAGAUCUCUCCUCCUGUGUGGCUUGCAGAAGGUCCUCUGAGACGCCUCUUCUGAGCGUGGAGACGGUGUGCUCGCUGUACCACAGCUUCCAGGACGGCCCGGGGGGAGCGAUGGACGGAACCAGAGACGCGAGCGAGCCGGCGCUGAGGCCCUGCCCGAGACACAUGUCCGCCACCGAGCGGCUGCGAAAGGUCAUCCAGGAGCUGGUGGACACCGAGAAGUCCUACGUGAAGGAUCUCACCUGCCUCUUUGAAAUCUACUUGAAGCCACUACAAAAUGAGACAUUCCUCACACAGGACGAGAUGGAGUCCCUUUUCGGCAGCCUUCCCGAGAUGCUUGAUUUCCAGAAGGUUUUCCUGCAGACAUUAGAAGAGAGGAUCUCCUCAUCCCCUGAUUUCAGCACUUUGGAAACUCCAUUACAGUUCAAAAAACUGUUGUUCUCCCUGGGAGGAUCCUUCCUGUACUACGCUGAUCAUUUCAAGCUCUACAGUGGGUUCUGUGCGAACCACAUCAAGGUCCAGAAAGUACUAGAGAGAGCCAAAACGGACCGGGCCUUCAAGGAAUUUCUGGAUGCGAAGAACCCAACCAAGCAGCACUCCUCCACCCUGGAGUCGUAUCUCAUCAAGCCAGUCCAGAGGGUGCUGAAGUACCCCCUGCUUCUGCGAGAGCUCGUCUCCCUGACGGACGGGGACAGCGAGGAGCACUAUCACCUCACAGAAGCGCUGAAGGCCAUGGAGAAGGUAGCCAGCCAUAUAAACGAGAUGCAGAAGAUCUAUGAAGACUACGGGACUGUUUUUGACCAGCUGGUAGCAGAACAAAGUGGAGCUGAAAAAGAGGUCACAGAAAUUUCUAUGGGAGAAUUCCUUAUGCAUUCCUCUGUGGUUUGGCUGAACCCGUUCCCAUCGCUGGGCCGAAUGAGAAAGGACCCUGAGCUCACUGUUUUUGUCUUCAAGAAAGCUGUGAUAUUAGUGUACCGAGAGAGCUGCAAAUUAAAAAAGAAGAUGCACACGAAUGCACGUUCGGCAUUCAGCCACGGCGAUCUGGAUCCCUUCAAGUUCCGGUGGCUCAUCCCCCUGUCUGCACUGCAGGUCCGGCUGGGGAACUCGGCAGGGACAGAGACAAACUGCAUUUGGGAACUCAUCCACACGAAAUCUGAAAUCGAAGGGAGACCAGAAACCAUCUUCCAGCUGUGCAGCAGCGUCCCCGAGAGCAAGGCCAGCACCGUGAAGGCGAUCCGCUCCGUCCUGAGGGAGAACGUCCGGCGGAACCUGCGCUGCGAGCAGCCCGCCGAGAGGGCCUGCAGGGAGCGGCUCGUCCUGCUGAGAAACCCCGUCCCCACGUCGGCCAGGAUCGGUUCCUCCCGAGCUUCCUGGUUGUGCAAGCACCCAUCCCUUGACGUCACUGCCAACGAGCUGCUGAAGGGGGGCCAGCCUGACUCGGACGAGGGCAGCCUCAGCAGCGGCACCCAGAGCAGCCACACCCCAGAGGGCCCCCCGGACCCCAGGCCGCCCGCGCCCCGGGCCUCCAAGCCCGUGCCGGCGGAGGACGGCGGCGUCAAGGAGUCCGACAUCCUCAGCGACGACGACGAGUUCUGCGAGGGGGCCAAGAGGGAGCCCCCCGCUGGCGCAGGCUUGGAGGCCCAGCUCCGGAGGCUCAAGCUCGCCGAGGAGGAGGAGGAGGAGGGGGGGGAGGAGGACCGCGCGCCGGCCCCCCGCGUUCGGCUGGGGGCGGAGGAGCCGGAGGACCCCGAGGGGCACCCGAAGCUGGUGCGGGCGCACUUCGGGCCCAUAAAACGGAAAGGAAACAGCCUGAGGAGGACCAGGGGGAUUCUGCAGACGAUGAAGGAGCACAGCCGGUCCCUGGACAGCCAGUCGGAAGGGACGAACGUGGACCUGAACGCUCUCCUGGAGCGGGAGUUCAGCGUGCAGAGCCUGGCUUCUGUGGUCAACGAGGACUGCUUCUACGAAGCGGCCGAGAGCCAAGCGGCCCAGACAGUUCCUACCCUGUAGAGUCUCGGGAGGCUUUCUCAAACCCCACCUGCGUUAAGCUACGGACCUCUACAGGCUUCCCCAUCUAACACUCCUCUUUGGAAGUAGGCCCUCAUGAGGGGAACACGUUUGCCGUUUAAUACAAGGAGUUACAGCAGACUUGUAACAGGUCUCCGCCUUGCUGCAUUUGUGCACUAAGAACACAGAUUGCCUAAAUCUUUUAACUGUUUUUUUUUUUUUUUUACAUGUAAAUGCAGGAUUUUUUAAAUUAUUAUUUAUUGACGAUAGGUGUCUAUUUUUUUUUAUUUUAAGGAAAAGGCAAGCAUUGGGGCCCCCCAGACCUGGACUGAGUCGGAUUUUACAUUGUUUAAAGACCAACGAUAAAGAGAGAUUUACUGUACAAUUAUUUUUGUGUAAAUUAUAUGAAACAUGAGAACUCGGGGUAUUAUUUUUUAAUAGUCUCCAUCGAUGUAGCUAUCAGUGUUCUGAGGCACUGCUUAAGCAGCGUACGCUUAACUGCAAAUAAACUGCUUAUUAAAACCAGCUAUUUCGCUUUAAAAAAAGCUUUCAGCUUUCUGUGGCACAAAGGCCUAAUUUAAUGUUUUGUUAAAGACUGUAUAUUGUAUUUUCUCUAAAUGACUGUACUGUAACUUAUAUUUUGUAUUCUUUACACAUACUUGACAUUGUACAGAUAGAGCAAAAUGCUGUAAUUUGCAAUAAAUACAGUCUGGUAAUAUA